AUGAUAUCAAAUUACCUGGCGGAUUCAAGUGAUAUAAGCCUUAACAUACAUCGAUCAACUCGAGGUGUGAGAAUUGUUGAAUUCGAGAGUAAUGAGCUGGAACUUGAUGGAGAACGAGUGGAAGCUGAGGUUGAACUUUGGGAUUGCAGUGGUGAUAAACAGUAUGUGAAAUGUUGGCCUGCAAUUCAAUAUAAUACUGAUGGUGUUAUAUUGGUUUGUAGGCCUGAUCAAGAUGGUGGAUCGGAACUUUUGCCGUGGUAUGAAGAAUUUGUACAACGUGGAAACAUUAACCCAUCACUCGUUCUUGUCCUAUUACAUACAAUCAAUGAGUCAUCAAACGAUCCAAUGACCAAUGAUGAGACAAUCACCAAAUUUUCUCUCGUACCGCAAAUGAGCGGUCUUCGAGUUGUAUCACUGAAUAUCGAUCGUGACGAUGAUAAUCUUCGAUUAGAAUUUAAUGGCUUUCUGUGUCGUGUUAUUUCAAAUGUAAGAACUCAAAAAAUUGAAUAA